AUGAUUGGUGGAUGUGUUCUGCUUUUGGGACUCCAAUUGUUCACCACAUGCAUGGCGGCCUACGAAGAUGCACGAUGCCAGUGUAUUUGUGUGGACCGACUUGGAUCUUAUAACGGGACAAAACCAACUCGGAAAAUAUACGUAGCCGCCGUACCUGCAGACAAAUGCGUGUGCACCAUUAUGCUUGGAAAGGACGCUGAUUUGUGCCCUUAUUGUGACUGUAAGUAUCAAGUUCGAAGCACAACCACUAUCAAGGUUGUGGUCUGUUUGAUUCUUGUCAUCAUUUCCGCGCUCACCCUCUACAUGCUGUUCCUGCUGCUUCUCGAACCUUUGCUCUCCGCGCGUCGAGCCGGACGCAAACUGAUGACUUCACAGGCUGACUCAUCAUCCUGCUUGGGCAGUUCUUCCGAAUCCGCCCCAGCCGGAGCGGCGCCGGCGAGGGCAGUCUACGGUCGACAAUCGUUCAUGGCAAAUGCGGAGAUGCCAUGGAUUCGUACGGUCACAAGUGCGGGCGGUGGUGGUCACGUUCCGGCACCAAAGGGCUUGGGCAUUGCAGUUUCCUGGAAUCGGGCUGAGACAGGCACUGGGGAGUUGUUAAACAUGGAGCAAUCCACCUUAGACGCAUCUCCGGACCAAACACGUCUACGUCAACGAAGCGCAAAACCGGACCUUCUCAUUCUUCCGGCGGCUGGCUCCAGUCGUCCACCGCUUUCGGCACCGGGUGCGGCGGCUGCUGCCGGAGUCUCAACAGUCGUGAAAACUGUGCGCGAUCAACAGCAACGUUGGAAGGGUAAUGUGGAAGUACAACGUGCUCGCGUGUUUAGCGAUCACACCCUGCUUAAUUGAGCGUUCAUCGCAUGCCACGCACCAUUCUUCUGUUUAGAUCUGCGUCUGUGAUUUCCAUUUUAUAUUCUACACUUCCACCUGAAUUUUGACUGUUUAUCGUAAGUCACUGCCGUGUUCCAUCUUUGUUCGUGACAUCUAUUGUUUAUCCCCGGGGGAAUAUCAUGAGAACCACUUGUCUGUUUCUGCUUUCCAAUAUUUCUUCCUCGCCUCUAUCGUUGAUCUUUCUUCUUUCGACACUAAAUCAUGAUAAUCG